AUGCCUGCCUUGCAGCAUAUGUCACAGCGGCAAGAGACAAUACCUAGCGGUGGUGAUUCAAUCACAGCGUUAAUUCUGUUGCUCCUCCCACUCCUAAUCAUUUCCGUGGCUCUCAUAUUUGUUCUGAUUGCGCCGUUUAUCAUUUAUCUGGUGUUGCGCUUUCGACCGGGUGUUACACUAUCAGAGCGUGAUGGGCCCAUCAAUGUACAGUACGAAGAGCAACUAGAAUUCUCUAGCUCUUUUCAACGCGCAUGCCAAAAUUGGGCUGAUCAGCUCGACGACAAUACUCGCGCAGGUUAUGAACUAGCUCAACGAUGGUGCGCAAAUCAUCCUCCCCUUUCGCCCCGCGAUACAGAUAUUACUAUGCCCCAGUUCCUUGGGAUUCAAGAAAAGGGUGUCAGUGCUUGGAGCUUUGAUCCUGCAUAUGAAUCGAACCAGGGUGUCAUGGUUUCUGCUCGCACAGAACUUCAAUUUUUUGCUGACAGCCCAGGCAUGGCAACUGAAGAAGGUGGCGCAUGUACCAUCCAGAGCAAUUUGCCCUUGCCCAAAUCCAAUGACAUUUAUUAUUGGGAAUCCAAAAUUUUUAGCAAACCGGAAGCUACGACCAUUGCCAUCGGUCUGAGUACGAAGCCGUAUCCGUCAUUUCGCUUCCCUGGAUACUGUAAGCAUUCUGUGGCUAUAUUUUCGCAAGAUGGCUUCAAAUGCUAUAAUCAUCCAUUGAAUGCCCAAUCCUACGGUGCGCCAUUCGUCAAAGGUGAUGUGGUCGGUGUAGGCUUCCGUCCCCGGACCGGCUCCGUAUUUUUCACUCGCAAUGGCGUACGGAUGGCUGAGGCAUUCACCGGUCUUCAGAGCUACAACCUAUUCCCAACCAUCUCAGCAGAUGGUGCGGCCGAAGUCCAUGUUAAUUUUGGACAAGCAGGAUUUGUGUUUAUCGAAGCCAACGUGAAAAAAUGGGGACUCGCUCCCAUGAUAGGCACUCUUGCACCCCCACCUGCUUAUGGACAAGACAAAGACAGUGUCUUGAUUGAGGCCUGCAAUGUACCAGGCACAUCGACACAACUCGCUAGUGAUACCCGUUCAGGUCAAGUUUUGCGCGUCCCACCUUAUGAAGUCGCACGAUCUAUUGCUCAAGCCCCUGAUAUGCACAGAGACGUUUCGUCACAAGGCAUUCGUAUGAAUACGCUGAAACAAGAUGAUGAGGAAAGUGCCUCAUCCCAUCCACCGCCUUAUAUGGAUGCCAUGAUCGCUUCGUCUCCGACGUCCCUGACAAACCAAGCCCAAAAUGAUCAUAAUAAUGCCAAUGUGUCUCUUCAUCGUGGAGCUAUCCAUUCAUUCCAGAGCUGGAUGGCUUCUUGGCGAAAAGCACGACGUGAUACCUCUUCGGGCACGCCCGAGACACCUUCCACGGAGCUUGUGGGCGUUACCAUAGACUAG